UCCGUCCCCAGCAGGCGGUUGGGCGGUUCCACGAAACGAAAACGAUGCUGCACGCUGCUGCUGCUGUUGCCUGUAGCUAACCCCGCAGCCCUCCCAUCCUGUUAGAUGGUGGCAUGGCAUGGCAUGGAGCACACCCUCAUGGGCGAGCGAAGGCAAAUCGGACUUGCCGCUGCGCAACGGCGGGAACCCGUACAGACCGGAUCCUCUCAGCCCUCGCUAAAGCGCUUUGCUGUGUGGGCCUCGCGCCGCCUAUUGCCGACCCCCCAUCGCCAAGCCAGGCGGGACGGGGUGGGCGGGCUAGCCGGCUGUCAGGGUCGGGGUGAGGCCCUGUCACCGGCCGAGGGCUUCCCCUUUUCGGACAGCGAUCGGUUCGGCUUUGUCCGAGGCACAGUUGUGGGUGACGCCUUCAAGGCAGCUGUCCCGUCAUGGGGAAUAUCAUCACGGAAUCUUGCGUUUAUUUGCCGGACAAAUCACGGUGACUGA